CGUCGCGUCGCAUGAGGGCGGUUAUCCCAGGUUUGGAGCUGCGCGCGUCAGCACAGCGAAUAGAAGCAGUGCUUCAAACCCCUUCGCCUUCAGGAGCGCGUCUUCUGUUUCUCAUGGGGCGCGAAGUUGUUUGUGUUUGUCUUUACUGUGUCAUUCAUGCGAUGCUCAUACACGUCAGUUUCAUCGUGGUCGCGCAUCUCGUCUUGUUUGAUUCCAGUCCUUGGUCCUAUUCCCAAGCAGCGUCGAGGCGCUCUUUGAGUUCUUGAGUCAUUGAAUGCUUCAGUCCUU